UCAAGAAACGACGGCAUAUUGUGACACGUGAUCAAGUUUACCCAAAACAGCUCCCGGAUGUGAUGGAGCAGAGUGAAGUUUGGGCGAUAGCAGAAGACUGUAAAUGCCUCCUACAAAAGUUUGUGCAAGAGGACACGCUAAGAUUUGCAAAAUUUAGUGAAGUGUGGAGGAAAACAAAUUUUGGCCUUUUGCAACAUGCUAAACAAGCUGUUACAAAGCAGUGUUUGAUUGUGGAGAGAAUGCUACACACGUUUGCUGAAUACUUAGCUCCAGAGUACUCACAUCCGGUUCGAGUUGGUGCAGUUUAUGCUCUUUUUUCUGUUUACAAAACUCAAAUUCGCAAAAACAAAAUGAAAAUUAGAUUGACUGAGUCGAUGUGGAAGGCAUUGGAUUCCUUGUGUAAAGAAAUGCACGAAGGCGAAGUAUGGCUGUAUACCAAAAUAGAGAAAGAUAUAGACAAACAGCAUUAUGAUGUUGAGUUUGUUAUUCGGCUUCUGAAAUCUCAACAAGCAUUUUUCUACACAGCAACAUCAUUGCCAUUGAGUCUGGGAUCACGAAUUGUGUACUGUGACAGUACCAGACUAAAUCAUCUUGCAGAGUCUAGAGCACGGGAUCAUGACGUUAUCUCAACAGUCUUAGAUAAGAGUGCCUUUUCAGCAGUGAAAGAUAUUAAUGAUCGUUACACUGAGUCUAAGUCUUUGUUGGCAAUCAGUCAUCCACAAUCUGCAGCUUCAUGUAGUAUUGUGAACAGUCGAAUGCCAAAUGAAAUAGAACAAUUUGUAGAGAAACAUCUUGAAUCUCAACUGCAGGCAGAGAGUGGCAACUCAUUUGGAAAGUCUGUUGUACAAGAAACAUCUCACAGCACUUCAACUGAGGUAGAAUCUGGUUCAAAGACAUCUUCUCUGACUAACACUGGCGACCAAGGACUCUUGGAUCGUCGUCGAGCAAUUCGAUCUCGAUCAUUUUCUUCUGGUGUACAUGUGCAAAAGAAAUCACGAAAAAGAAGAAGAAUACUAGGAGAUUCCUCUAGUGGCUCAAAACAACGAAAUCGAAAUGCAGAUGCAGAAACUAGUAAGUGAGAAAACAAGCAGUUGAUACUUGAGGACAAGGAAGAUGGUGUUGAUCUCUAAAACUACAAUACAGUAACUUACAUUUUUAUGAAUGUAGGAGACUUUGAGUUUUUUACCGGAAAUCCUGAUCACAGGAUUAGAUUAUCACGAAUGUUAAUGAUAAUAAUUAAUUAAUCAGUUUAUAUAUUUUGCUCUAAGCUUUACAAUUAUAAUCA